UUGUUUCCAGACACUAGCUUAAUAAAAAUUAUCUCGAUCAAGCGAAUUUUUCCCUUAUUACAUAGGCUAUUUAUUUACCUUGCAGAUAGGCUUAUUGCGUUUGCUCGACAACUCUGGGGCGUUCAGACAAAUCAUAGUCGUUUACAAGUCUCUUCUGCCCUCCAUAAGCCAUCCUCUCUCUGUAUCUCAAAAGCCUCAUCUAUGCUCUCUCGAACCUUGUUCUGGCCCGGACAACCGUACGCUCGACAGAAGUGUCACGCUGAAUUUGCCGAAGCAUUGCUCGAUAUAUUACACUUACCAGACUAUUCUGACAAAGUAAAAGCUACCAGAGUAUCGAGUAAAACAUCAAUAACAACGAUACCUCAAUCUAGAUGCGGGACUUCAGAUUGCCUUUCGAUAGCUGAUAAAUUAGGCGAUGCAGGCAACCUGAUGUCCAUAUCUAUGGAUCGCGUUAUACGGACACCAACUGACUGCCAAGUUGGACAAGACCAGGAUAAAUUGCAAAUCGGUCUAACUAAUUCAGAUGCUGUGGUUUCUGACGGACAAGUUUCCAACAGUGUAAUGAUAGCUGGCUUCCAGACACGAUUGCGUUCAACAUACCCUAACAGAACUCGCUUCAUUACAGGGCCAUCAUUAUCAUGUUAG